AUGGAUGUCCGCUGGUGGGGUUCGCCUUGGCUGCGAAUCCUACUCAUCUCUUUAUUCUUUCAAUCGAUUGGCUCACAAAAUUUCGAUGAACUCGAUGAGUACGACGAGCGAUACGCCGAGUUUAUCACUACAGAAUCUGAACGCGGACUUUUCCCAUCAAUCUUCAAUUUGGCGACGAAUGCUUUGAUCAAUUCGACGGCAACAUGCGGCGAGCGAGGUCCAGAGGAAUACUGUAAACUCGUCGAGCAUGUCAUUCAGAAGAAAGCUCCCGGAAAUGGCUCUCCGCAAUGUGACAUUUGUGAUGCGAACGAUGUCCGAAAGCGUCAUCCCAUCGAGUUCGCUAUUGAUGGGACGAAAAGAUGGUGGCAAAGUCCGACAUUGCACAAUGGACUCGACUUUGACAAAGUGAACAUCACCAUCGAUUUGAGACAGGAGUACCAAGUCGCGUACAUUGUCGUGAAAAUGGGAAAUGCGCCGAGACCUGGCUCGUGGGUACUCGACAAAUCGCUGGACGGACAAAAAUGGGAAGCUUGGCAAUUCUUUGCAACAAACGAUGCAGAAUGUGUUCGUCUCUUUGGAAUCCCUGCAACCACCGGUGUGCCACGUUAUAAAAAUGAUGAUGAGGUUCAUUGCACCAGUGAGUACUCGAAAUUGACCCCACUGGAGCAUGGAGAGAUCCACAUUUCGCUUGUGAAUGGAAGACCUGGAUCGAAAGGGCCAUCAAUGGAGCUACAGAAAUUCACACGAGCUCGCUACGUACGAAUGCGGAUGAUCGAUUUAAAAACAUUAAACGCUGAUCUUCUCGUUGUCAACUCGAAAAGUCACAAAUUGGAUAAAAGUGUGACAAUGAGAUAUUUCUACUCAAUCUCUGAUAUCUCAAUCGGUGGCCAAUGUAUCUGUUAUGGUCACGCUGAGAGUUGUCCAGCUGAUCCAGUGACUGGGCAAUUCCGUUGUGAAUGUCGGCAUAACACUUGCGGUGAGUCGUGCAAUCGUUGUUGUCCACUUUUCAAUCAACUCCCGUGGAAACCGGGCACAAAUACACAGCCGAAUAUUUGUCAACAAUGCCAAUGUUUCAAUCACGCGGAAAACUGUGUUUAUGACGAGGAGUUGGCAAGAAAUCAGCUAAGCGUGACGCCGGAAGGGGUUUUCGAGGGUGGAGGUCGAUGUGUGGAGUGUCAACACAACACUGAAGGAGUGAAUUGCGAGCGUUGCAAGACGGGUUUCUAUCGUCCAUCUGGACUCUCACAUUAUCGUGCGGAUGCUUGUCGAGCGUGCGAUUGUAAUACGGUUGGAUCGGAGAGUGAGGAGUGCAUCCGAGAUGAUCAGAGUGCUGUCAAUGGACUUGCACCAGGCGAUUGUCGCUGUAAACCAGGAUUCGGCGGUCGACAAUGUGACAAGUGUGCUCCAGGAUUUCGAAAUUAUCCUCAAUGCGAGCCAUGCCCGUGUAACCAAGCCGGAUCAUUGAACUUUGAUCAUUGUGAACAUGAGAAAUGCAUCUGCAAGGCGAAUGUUGAAGGUCUUUAUUGUGAUCGAUGUCGUCCUGGAACAAUUCAUCUAUCAAAGGAGAAUCCCCAGGGUUGCCAAUCUUGUUUCUGCUUUGGACUCUCGCAGAACUGCUCCGAGAAAGAAUGGGUGACAGGAAAGAUUCAACAAAAUCGUGGUUGGAUGUUGAGUGAUUUGAGUGGAGGACGAGAAGUGAAACCGGAGACUGAGAACGGGGAAGUCUUGAUGUUCAACGCGAAUCAAAAUAAAGAUCGAUCACUUUACUAUUGGAAAGCGCCAAAGAAGUUCACUGGAGAUUUGCUAACAAGUUAUGGUGGCUUUUUACACUAUUUUGUGUACUUUGUGCCUACGGAUAGCUCGGAGACGAUUCACGUGUCGGAUGUAGUGAUUGAGGGUAAUGGGGUGAAACUCGAGCAACACUCUCGGAUCGCUUUCCAUCCACGAGAGAAUGUGACAGUGCAAAUCGCGUUGAGAGAGGGAUCAAAUUGGUACAAUAGUCAAACGAGGAAACCAGCGGAUAAGGCUGACAUGAUGAGAGCACUUGCCGACGUCUCCCUAUUCAUGGUACGAGCCAUGUACAACAAGAAUCAACUUCAAAGCAGUAUCUUCGGCUUCUCACUAGACAAAGCAAUGGAAAAGACUCAAUCAUCAAACAAGAUUGAUCUUGUGCCGAUUAAAGAUACUCUGAUGAGAGGAGUGGAAGUCUGCGAUUGUCCUGAAGGGACUUCUGGGUAUUCUUGUGAGUCUUGUCCAAAAGGUUAUCGCCGUGUCGAGAGUCAGCUUUUCAAUGGACGUUGUGAGAAAUGUGAUUGCAACGAUCACACGCAAACUUGUGAUCCAUUCACCGGCGAAUGCACCAAUUGCAUGCAUAAUACGACCGGCUCUCGUUGCGAGCUUUGCAUAGCUGGGCAUUACGGAAAUCCAUCGUUGGGUGGAGAGUUUGGCUCGUGUAAACCAUGUGGAUGUCCAUCUUUAGACAACAAUCGCUCACCUGAGUGUGCAUUGGCUCAGUUGGUGGUUGCCGGCUCAGCUGCUUCUUCUCAAGACGCUUAUGUGUGUACGGCUUGCGAGAAUGGUUAUGAAGGGAAUAAGUGUGAGAUGUGUGCUGAUGGCUUUUUUGGAGAUCCGCUUGAAGUAAACGGCACAUGUGUGGAGUGUGUUUGCAAUGGGAAUAUCGAUCAAAUGGCGAUUGGUAACUGCGAUACACGAACGGGUGAUUGUUUAAAAUGCAUUGGGCAUACAACAGGCGUCCAUUGUGAGAAAUGCCUUCCCCAUCACUAUGGCUCGGCGCUCACUCACACUUGUCAUCCGUGUGAUUGUCAUCGACAAGGAGCCACUUCACUUCAGUGUGACACCGCAAUUGGUGUCUGCGAGUGUAAAGAGAACUACAUUGGUCGACAUUGUGAUCGUUGCAAAGAAGGGCACGGCGAUGUAGAGAAUGGGUGUGAGGAGUGCAGGUGCGACCCCAUUGGCUCCCUUGGUCCCGAUUGUGAGCCCGUCUCUGGGCAAUGCUCCUGUAAACAGGGUGUUUUCGGGAAAAGAUGUGAUCAAUGCCGUCCCUCGUAUUUCGCCUUUUCUGACUCGGGAUGUCAAUUUUGCAAUUGUAACACCUAUGGAUCGAUUGAGGACGGAAAAUGUGACAACGUGACUGGAGCCUGUCAGUGUCGACAAUUUGUUGAGGGACAAAUGUGUGAGAAGUGCGCGCACGGCUAUUUCAAUAUCACGUCAGGGCUGGGAUGUCAGGAAUGUAACUGUGACGAGGUAGGCGCUGAAAGUGAUGGCUGUGAUCUAAUCACCGGACAAUGCGAGUGCAAACCUGGAGUGACCGGCUUAAAAUGUGACCAAUGUGCGCCAAAUCAUUGGGGACUCUCCGAAAGCGGGUGCAAAGAAUGUGCCACUUGUCCAGCUGCUGGUCAAGUCUGCGACGCGGUGACGGGUGAGUGCGUUUGUCCCCCGAAUACUGUGGGUGAGCUGUGUGAGAGGUGCACGGAAGACGCUUGGGACUAUCAUCCGCUGGAAGGAUGUAAAACGUGUGAGUGCUCAGAUGUUGGAGCCGCUUCAAGCAAGUGCAAUCCAAGAACAGGACAGUGUGAAUGCAAAGAGGAGUUUGUCGGAUUGAAAUGCGAUCGAUGCUCUCACGGCUUCUUCAACUUCCCUACUUGUGAGCCUUGUGCCUGUACACCAGAAGGCACAGAUCCACUUCAAUGUCGUGAAGGCUUGUGUCUCUGCGAUGAAAAAGGGAAAUGUCCAUGCAAGAAAAACGUGGUUGGAGAGAAAUGUGAGAUGUGCAAAGAUGGGUCUUUUUCAUUGGAUUUAUCGAAUCUACUCGGAUGCACGGAAUGCUUUUGUUUUAAUCGAUCCACCUCUUGUGAGCAAGGGAAACUUGUUUGGAAACAAGUCUAUGCCGAGGACCAAUCAGCGACUUUUGUUGAACCUUGGGAAUACUACACACAAAAGCACAAUGUUAGACUGCUACAGGAACACACGGGUAACUUCAACUCGUAUCCCACUGAUGACACUCCAUUGUAUUGGCAACUCCCGAAGAGUUUCCUUGGUGAUCGCACUGGAUCUUACAAUGGUUUUUUGAGGUUUAAGAUCGCGAACAACGACAAUCGGCUGGGAAUUCAAGGAGUUCGUCCGAAUCCAAAAGUUUUCCGAUAUUUCCCUCAAGUAGUCCUUGUUGGCAACAAUCGCAUCGAACUCGAGCAUAUUCCAUUUGAAAUCGCUGAUGACGGAAAGUACAAGAUUCGAAUCCACGAGUCCGAGUGGCGCAGUCGACUCUCUCCUGAAGUCCCAGUGACACGAAAGCUUCUAAUGGUGGCUCUGCAAAACGUUCAGGCCGUUUACAUUCGUGGCUCGUACAAUUAUCCAUCGCGUGGUGACUCGAUCUCGAUUUCAGAGACUUCCCUUGAUGUGGCCACAAAGGACACUCAAGGAUCACCGGCAAUUGGAGUUGAGCAGUGUCAUCAAUGCCCGGAUGGCUAUGGUGGCGCAUCGUGUCAAGAUCCAGCUGAAGGCUUUUGCCGACGAAGAGCCAACAAUUUCUUGGAUAAAGUCGACGAAUUGGCGCCAGUUGGAUGGAGUGAACCGUGCGCUUGCAAUGCUCACACAACGACUUGCCAUCCAGAGACUUGUCUUUGCACGGAUUGUGAGCACAAUACAUGGGGUGAUCGAUGUGAAUUGUGCAAGCCAGGCUUUGUCGGAGACGCGACUCGUGGUGGCAGUGCGGCUUGUACGAAAUGCGCUUGUCCGUUAACGGAAAACUCGUUCAGUGAAACGUGUGUACAAACUGACUACGGUCGUGGAUAUCUUUGUGAUGCUUGCAAGCCUGGAUAUACUGGACAAUAUUGUGAGAGCUGUGUUGCUGGCUAUUAUGGUGAUCCGUCAGCAGUUGGUGGACAGUGUGUGCAAUGUGAUUGUCAUCCUGAUGGAUCUCUGCAUGGAUCGUGUCACCCAUUGACUGGAGCCUGUGAAUGCAAACCUGGUGUGACCGGUCGUGACUGUUCCCGUUGUCAAGAGCGACACGCAUUUAUUAACAGAAAGUGUACAUCAUGCGAUCAAGGUUGUUAUCUCUCAUUGAUGUUGGAUAUUGAUGAUUUGGAAGAGACACUAGCUGAACAGAAUUUCACAAAUCUUCGUCCAAUUCCAUGGAAACGAAUUUCUCGAAUCGAAAAUAAUACAAAAUUGCUCUUUUCGUUCGUUGGUGGCCUUCAAAUGAAUCCAAAUGAGAUGAAUGUUUUGGAUUUCGAUGGGAAAACGAAAUAUGCAAAAGAAGCUGGUUCGAUUAUUGAUGAGGCGAAUUUCAUGUUGGAUCGAGCUGAACGAGCUGAAGAUGACAUUCUUAACUUUACGAAAAGAGCCGAAAUCAUCGCAUUAAAUGCUCAAAAAGCCUACAAGGACUCUUUCAACACAACGCAAUUCCUCAAAUAUUUCUCGAGAUAUGGCGGAACAACGGUCGGCUCGAGUCAAAUCGAGAUGUGGGCGGCUGAGUCCGAAGCUCAUAUGAAUGCGACGAUUGAGAGAGGAGAAUAUGUUGAGAAGCGGCAUGACAGAGUCGAGGAUACAAAGGGAAAAACAGACGAUUUGGCGAAAAAAGUAACCCAGUUGAAGCUAAACGAUACGGCUUUCGAGUACAUCAAGAAGCGUUUCGCUGAUCUCGAGAUUUUGGUGGAAGAUUUCCGGACAACAAUCUACGAAAAAGCGAAAAGAGAUGGAGGAGACGCGAGUCGAAUGAGUACAGUUGUCGCCAAAAGAAUCGAUCGAUAUAAGGAAGUGAUCAGCGAGAUUGAGAAGUUGAAAGCCGAAGCUGAGGACGGGUUAAGUGGUGCUCGUUCUGAUGUCGCUCAAGCAAAAGAAGUGCAAUUGUUAGACGCUUUUGAUAGUUAUGGGAAAAUUCGAGAAAGCCUUACACAAGCAGCCGAGUUAGCCAUCGAUUUAACGAAUAUUUCGAAUAAAUACGCUCAACUCACAGAUGAAUACGAUGAAAGUUUUGUGGAACCAACAAACAAACACUCGAAACAAUUACAAGCCCAUUCAGCUAGAGUUCUUGAAGCUUUUAAAACAACGAGAGCUGAGGCGGCGAAUCCUUUGCAAGCCUCUCAAGCAUAUAAUGAGAUUGUUGGCGGUUUAAGGAAUUCGAGUAAAGCUGCAGAGAAGGCACAGCAAGCUGCUGAAAACGCUUUUCAUCAAGCACUCGGCACCGACAGCUCAGAGGAUUCACUAACGGAUACAGUCUCAACAAGUCAACAAAAAAGUCUUUCAUUGAGCGACGAUGCUCUUUCAAUCAAUACAAUUUGGACGGAAGAGAGUUUGGGAAAAGAGAACGAGAAGCUAAAGGAGCGCUUGAGUUUCGUCAAUGAGCAAAUAAUCGAUAUGACGAGAAGAAGAGACGCGAUAAAGCCGCAACUCGAUAAUUUCGACGAUCAACAUGAGCGAAUGAGUGGAUUGCAACAAAUGGCUGAUGAAGGAGCGAAGAAAGCGGCUGAUGUCAAGAGAACGGCGGAGGUGAUAAGGAAAGGAGUGACUGAGAUUCGAGAUUUCACAGAGAAAUUGGCUAACUCGACUGCGCAAGGGAUUCGCGAGGAGAUUGAAAAGAUUAUUGAAGCAAGAAAAGAACUUUCGAAUGCUUCUGGAGCUCUGGCAAAAGCGGAUGCAUUGAUUCUAGCGAAUCGUGAACGAAUUGAAGAGAUUCAGAAAAGAGUGGCUUUGCUAAAGGAAAAGAUUGGAGAAGCAAGAGAAAGAGCACAACAGAUCCCAGUAGCUCUCCGUGCAGACGAGCGUGGCUAUUGUCGUCGAAGUUUUAUCUCCCCGGCCGCUCCAUCAUCAUCAAACUCUUUCCAUGUGAAAUUUCGUCCACUCAAGGGUGUUCCCGAUACAAUCGUUUUUGCGACAAGGACAAAGAGUCGUCGCACACUCGCUAGCGAGUUUGUAGCUGUUGAGAUCGUUGGCCGUCGCGUGAUCGCUCAUUGGAAUAUUGGAAGUGGAAAGAAAAAGACAACAAAUACGCAUCAAAUCUAUUUCAUCCCGCACAAUGAUCGAUCGGCUGCCGGCACUUGGUAUCACAUUGAUGUGGAAAGGAGUGGCGAUUUUCUCAAUCUAACCGUUGCUUUGAGAGAAAACACGAUUGGAGAAGGUGCUCCACUUCGAUCCGAUCCAAUCUCAGUUUCGGCUGGUCGACACGCAAGCAACAACGAUGCGAUUUUCAAUACAGUUCCCGGUGAGACACUGAUCUCGUUCGGUGUUUCCGAUGAUGAAGCUAGGGAGAUGAGUCUUCAAACUGGUCAAUUCCGGGGUGUUGUUGGUGGUUUACGAGUUGACGAGACUCCAGUCGAGCUGUGGUCUUUCCACGAGUCAACAAAGGAGUGCGAGGGAGCCACUGCACCACCAGCUGCUGCACCAAUCGCUCAGCAUUUCAAGGACGGUUUCGCUCAAGUGAAUCUUGCUGUUAGUGAACGAACAGUUUCAUCGUUAGCUGUCGCUUUUAACACACAUUCAACUGAAGGGCUUCUUUAUUUCCGAGGUGAUGAAGAAAGUCGAGAUUUCAUCGCUCUCUAUCUAGAGAAAGGAUUUCUGGUCUUCAAAAUUAAUCUUGGAAAGGGUUCUGUGGCUGAGAUUCGCUCCUCGUCCCUUUACGCGGAUGGAAAAGAACACACAGCGAAAGCGAUUCGAAACGGAAAUGAACUUCAUUUACAAGUUGAUUCGGAUGCUGAUCGUCGAAGCACAGUGAUUUCUGGAAAGAAUACGCAGCUCAAUGUACAAGGUGCCGAGCAUUUCGUGGCUGGUGUCCCGCCAGAGUUCCCGACAAGUAAAUUCUCGAAAUUCGGCAUUCAAUGGCGUGGCUUCACCGGCUGCAUUCUUUCAGUGAAGCCAACUCAGGUAAACGAGUUGAACGUGGCGUCGCCAGCUCGAUCGCUUCGUCGCUCGGCGGGUUGUCGAAUUGUGAACGGGCGACUGGCGGCCGAUCGUUUAAUCGGCUUCACCACACCAGGAUAUUUGGUGACAAAUGGCGUUGAGAUCACGACGAACUCGUCUCUAUCCUUCACUUUCCGUACAAAAGAGGAAAACGGUACUCUCGCGUAUAUGUCAGCCGGGUUGUCAGCUAAUUCAAGAAAUCGACGACAAACUCAAGCAUUGGGUUUUCUCUCGAUUUAUCUUUUCCGCGGCUAUCUCGUCACGUAUUUUGGUUUCGAUCCGAUCCAACGCCAGAGUGCAAUCACGAUUCGAAGCACUUCAACUUACAACGAUGGAAAUCCUCAUUCUGUGUUUUUUGUGAGAGACGGGGACAAUGUCCGAUUACGAGUUGAUGACCGAGAGGUGGGUGCUGACGCGCUCGUUGAUGAGGCGCCGAUUGGUGGCGCGAGUUUGGCACUUUAUUUGGGAGGUUUCCCAUCCGGAGUUCAACCGCCAUCCACAGAGAUCCCGUCGGCAGCGCCGUUGAUCGGCUGUAUCUCUGAUCUCACACAUAAUUUCAAGAGACACCCGCUUGUUCCUCAGCAGCACAAGGCUCAGCUAGGCACUUGCUCCCUCGAAGCACCGCAUAUUUUGAUGGAUCAAGGUGUUGAUUUGGAAGCGCCACCAUCUGAGCGGAAAAAGUCUCCAGUGAUCGUCGAUCCACAAAUUGGUCCAAUCGAGCUCUCCAAUGAAGUCGAGCCGGCAAAGGGAUCGUGUAUCGGUUUCUCGUCAGCCAUUUCUGAUGGAGCCGAUGCGACACGAUUCGGCGUCGCGAAAUCCUCCCAUUCACGGUUAAACUUCAACAGAGAUCAAGCUCCAGAGAUUCAAUCAUUCACUGUGCAAUUCGAAGUUCGCACUGAUUCCCCAAGUGGAAUCCUCUGGACCUGGGCGAAUUACAAGAACUACACGAGGUAUUUCACCUUGACUCUGGAUCAAGGCUUUUUGACGUUCGAAGUUCGAGGUCAUCGUGAACCAAAACGAGUCGUCUUUUCUGAUCGUCGAAUCGAUGACGGACAAUGGCAUUUGAUUCGCUUGAGUAAAGCCGACCGAGAAGUCAUCAUUCAGGUGGACGAGGGUCUUUCCCCGCUCGUCAUCCGCGAUUGUCCGCAUCCAAAAGUGAUGCGCCGACGAAUGUACGUGGGCGGAGUGAUCUCAGCUCAUCGCCAACUCGGUCUCCCUCUACCCCAAUCACUGCAAGGAUGCAUUCGACAGUUCACCGUCGACAAUAUAGUCCAUCCAUUGUUGACGGAAACAUCUCGCGACGUGAUCCCGUGUGGGUCAACUCACUCAAAAGCCGCUUACAUUCACAAUGAGGGAUACGCUGUCUUCGAACCGCUAAGCAAAGUGCCAUGGGAGGGAAUCCCAUGGUUCGAGGUUGACAUUCGACCGAUCGCCUCAAACGGAACGAUCGUCGCAUUGCUCUCAAAUUCGAAUCCAAGAGAUCGACUGGCGAUUGAAUUAAAAGAAGAAACGCUUCACGUGAGCAUUCUCCAUUCCGAGUCAAAUGUCGAAGUGAGAGACGUUUUGCCGGUGCUUCGUCCAAUCUGCGAUGGACGUUGGCAUUCGAUCAAGGUCGAGUUGCACGCAGAUCGAUUGGCUGUACAGAUUGAUGAGGAACGUCACGAGGUGAUGGUCUAUCUCACGCCCACCGUGCGCCAUCUUUUCACAAAAUUGCCGCUCAACGUAGCCGGAGUGUCAGCUACUGCAGCUAGAGAGGCUGAGUUGAGGUCUUCGUUGGCGGGUUGUGUCCGCUACGUGACGAUUAACGGAAAAGCCACGUACUUUGAGAAUGCACUUAAAAUAAACAAGGUGAUCGUUGACGGAUGUCCAUUCCCC